AUGAAGAUGAUUUUCAGUCAAAGUUCAGUGCAAUUGUUCAGUAUCCUCCUUGUGUUAAGAAUAAUUUUCUCUUGGGCAGCAGAACUUCCUCCUCAUGAAGUGAAUAGCCUUAAGGAAGUAGCGAAAGAAAUUGGAAAAAGAGACUGGGAUUUUAGGUUAAAUCCAUGCGAUGGAAAUCCUAACUGGGCAACACCAGCCCGGAGUGCAAUGCCUCAGUAUAACAACACUCUUGUGUGUGAUUGCUCCUACCCUGGCAAUGUUUGUCAUGUUGUUGCGACAUAUCUCAAGGGACAGGAUCUUGAUGGUGUUCUCCCACCAUCUCUGGCAAAGUUACCUUACGUCAAAAAAGUCGAAUUUAGUCGGAAUUACCUAAGUGGCAGCAUACCAUCUGAAUGGGCUUCUACAAAGCUGGAGAGGAUGGACCUACUGGUGAAUCGCUUGUCAGGAAGAAUUCCAUUGUUUUUGGGAAACAUAACCUCACUUGUAUAUUUGAGUCUCGAGAACAACAUGUUUUCUGGAACUGUUCCAGCUGAGCUUGGGAAAUUAGUAAAUUUACAAACGCUGGUCCUGAGUGCCAAUAAUCUCUCUGGUGAGCUGCCGUUGGAGCUGAAUGGUCUGACCAAUUUGACAGAACUCAAGCUAAGUAGCAACAACUUCACUGGGAAAAUUCCAAACCUUGGAACCUGGAUAAAACUUCAGAAACUAGAAAUCCAAGGCAGUGGUCUAGAAGGACCAAUACCUGCAAGCAUCUCAUUCUUGAAAAAUUUGACACAACUAAGCAUCAGUGAUUUGGAUGGAAAUAGUUCGCAGUACUUUCCAGACCUAAGCAACAUAACAGGCAUGGAGCUACUGAUAUUCAGAAGUUGUAGACUAACUGGCAGCAUUCCAAAUUUUUUGUCAGAAAUGUCAAGACUGAGGCAUCUAGACCUCAGUUUCAACAACUUGGAGGGAGAUAUACCAGAUUUGAAAGAAUUAGAUCUGGAGAAAAUGUACUUGACUGGCAACUCCCUGAACGGAAGUAUUCCUGCAUGGAUCAAUGGUGGAGAUACUACACACGAGAUCGAUCUUUCCUACAAUAAAUUCAACGAAGAAAGUGUGCCCUCAUAUUGUCGUGAAACUCUGAACUUAUUCAGAAGCUACGUUCCUGCAAGCAACUCAGAGCUUGGGAAGUGCCUUAGCAAGUUUCCCUGUCUAAGGGAGUACUCCUCAAUUCGCAUUAAUUGUGGGGGACCUAAAGUGACCAUUGGAAACUUGACAUAUGAAGCUGAUGAGGAUUCAGGUGGAGCAGCUAAGUUUGAUCCCACAAGCGGCUUUUGGGGGACAAGUAGCACUGGCAAUGCGUUGGGUGCUCGCCUCUCUCCACUAUCCAUCACUUACUAUGGUCGAUGUUUACCAAAUGGGAACUUUACGGUGACUCUGCAUUUUGCAGAGAUAGUUUUCAGAGAUAAUAUGUCUUUUCAGAGUCUUGGAAGGCGUUCGUUUGAUGUAUAUAUCCAGGGUGUGUGUAUAUUCAAGAAUUUUGACAUCAGGAAGGAAGCUGGCGGGGUGGAUAGAGCUGUAAUAAAAGAAAUAAAAAAUGUUGUUGUAACCAACACAACAUUAGAAAUCCGUUUCCAGUAUGCUGGGAAAGGCACGACAGCAGUCCCGAGUAGAGGAUCCUAUGGUCCUCUAAUAUCAGCCAUUUCUAUGGUGUCUGAUAUUAGUCCUCCAAUCAGUGACAAGAGCAUAAAAACUAUUGUCAUUGUGGCGGUGGCUGGGAUUGUAUGCCUCAUCCUCAUCAUAUUUGGUGUUGAAAGGUUGGCGUUUUAUAUGCGAGAGCGCUUGAGGUGGGAAAGAGAUCUGAGAGGAUUCAAUUUGCAGACGUAUCAAUUUACCUAUAGACAAAUCAGAGCUGCCACACGCAACUUUUCAGCUUCAAAUAAACUUGGGCAGGGCGGUUUUGGUGCUGUUUAUAGGGGUACACUCUCUGAUGGCACUAUAAUUGCUGUGAAGCAGCUUUCUCAGACAUCAAACCAGGGAAACCGUGAGUUUGUGAAUGAAAUUGGGUUGAUGACCGGCAUACAACAUCCGAAUAUUGCCAUGGCAACUCUGGUUUGCUACUGGAUUGGCCUACAAGGCAAAACAUUUGUGUGGGGGUUGGCAUUCCUGCAUGAGGAAUCCAUCCUGAGAAUGGUUCAUAGAGACAUCAAGGCUGCAAAUGUACUCCUUGAUAGACACCUUACUCCAAAGAUCGCUGAUUUUGGCUUAGCCAGGCUUUUUUCGGAAGACCGCACCCAAGCGCGCACUGCUCCCGCUGGAACUUUAGGAUAUAUGGCGCCUGAAUACGCAUAUACUGGCCAGUUAACCUACAAAGUAGAUGUGUUCAGCUUUGGGGUUCUUGCAAUGGAAAUUGUAACUGGCACGCCCAACGUAUAUCCUCCAGCAGAUGAUCUAGAGUAUUUAACUAUUGUUCAUAGGGCUACUGCUUUGCAACAACAAGAUGAGAGUUUGAUACACUUGGUGGAUUCAAGAUUGGGAUUACAUUUUGAUGCUGAAGAGGCACUGAGAAUGAUCAGAAUCGCUCUGUUAUGCACUAAUAAUAACCCGAAUGAAAGACCUUUGAUGUCAGAAAUAGUGGACUUGCUUCAGGGAAAUAUAAAUCUACAAGAUUAUAGAGUCAGAUCUCCAGAGACUGGCCAUGGUGAGUUCUCUAAUCUUGUGCUCUCUCCAGAGACUUACCAUGGUGAGUUCUGGAAUCUCGUUCUCCGAGAGCACAUUGAAGAAGACAUUUACUUGGAAUGAUACUAGGCGUAUGAUCAGUUAUGGACUUAAAGAGAUGAUUGUUAAGCUUUAUUUUUCCUUGUUUCAUAUUCAGAAGGCCAUGAAGGCUUCGCCUAUAAAUCAAUUGUUUCACUCUUAGAUUUUGAGAUGAUGAUGCAUUGUGCCUUUGUGAUAUGUUGAGAUUGAGAUAAGUUAUUGAUGUUGCCAACAAGACUUGAAAAUUUUUUCAACAGAUGAGUUGGGAAAUCUUUGAUCAUUCCUUUGAUCUGAGUUUUUAGCUACAACGAAGAAAGAAAAUAAAAACUAAAUUACAAGGUAAGGUGUAAAUUACAAAACGUACACAAAAUAAUCUUCC